UGCGAAUAAUAGCACCAGAGCUGGUUCAUUGUUGAAGUUUUGUGACCAAAUAAAUCUCCUGCAGAAGACAUAAUGUCGGACGGUCUUGAGUGGGACAGGCGAUCGAACUAUGCUCUGACUGAGCUCAUACUUUUUUCACUAGCCAGCCUUAUCCUUUUUCUUGCAAUCACCUUAUCCUUCAUCUAUUCCUACAUCCACUUAAACUACGACGUGUCUUUUUUCUCGACCCUUCGGCCGCUUUUUGAAAAUGUUCUUCCGACGGCCGUAGCGUUUACUCCCACUCGCAGACCGGGGGACGAAGACGACAUUGAUCUCGGAGGCAAUAACAAAGGUAAAGAACCGCCCAAGGUUAACCUCGUUUUUCUUGGCCACGAGGAGCGUUCGCCGAAAGCCAGAUCCACAAAGAGAACUUUGGUAAGGAUAUGGGUUCAUGUUUAUUUCAUUCUUCUGUGUGGUCUUAUCAUACUGUGGGCCGUGUCAAUCUUUUCCGAUUCCGUGCUUUAUCGCAAGAUGAGCAGUUGCAACGACAUCAGCGUCGAGGAUGAAGACCUGUCUUGCUUUCUCCUGUCAGACAGAGAUGUUCCGGAAGGAGUCCAGGAGGUCAUUGACCAAGAAGAAGGAGAAAAGAAGUCAUAUGCUAUCAGUAUCAGCUAAAUCCAGUUGCUGCUUUGGGAAUAUCUUAUGGUGCCAUAAAAACAGUUUCAUUUGUAAUUGUGUCGAUACUAAGUGCCUUGUUCGCAUUUGUAAACAAACUCUUCAGACGCAAGCCGAGGAACGUUUCUGAUUUACCUGGUCAGGACAUUGGCAUACCCCUCAUUGUGACCUCUCACGUAUUUUUCUUCAUCCUCUCUCUUGCCGGCAUUGCCGCCUUUGCCAUAAUCCUUGCAAUCAUUCAUGAAAUUACUGGUUUGAAAAACUCUGGAUAUGACUUCUUGAGGGGAGAAAGGUUCUACAGUUAUUCGGUUGUUGCUCUUGUUCCCUUAACACUCGUAUUCUUAAGCUUUGUUCCUUGGUGGGCAUUUCGCCCACUCGUAGAGUCGUCGCAAUGGAACAUUGACUUCAACGAUCCUGAUAAGAUGAAGCUCAAGAGAAAAAUGCAUCGAUUUGUUCACCGCAUACUGCUUCACCAACAAUUCUCCACGCCCUUGGCUACAUUAUUUGAUUUUAUUUUGGCUACCUUGCCUACUGCAGAAAAUCAGCCAUCACUAGAAAGUGGAAAUGGAGAACUGCAAGCAACUGCAGGGGAACAAAAUCGAGAUCGAGCUGAGGAGGAAAAUACAGAUCAACCUGAGCCUGACAAUGCUGAACGAGAAGAAAGACUUUGAAAAGCAAAUAUUUUGCCGAGUACAAUUAUAGAACGCUGUCAAGUAAAAUUUAAAUUUUCGUCUGUAAAAAACAGUGACAAUGUUCUGACUACUUAUUUAAAUCUAGGUAUUAGCUAUUACUAUUGUAUAA